GUCAUUAUUCCGCGACGACUCACGUGUUGACAACAGCCGCUGAUCAGUUUCAGGCAUUCAGCUCCUGAAAAACCCGACUUCUCCAUCAAUCCUGAAGGAUCCCUGUUUGCCGCCUCCUCCUCUUCUCGUCCUCUGCUCCGUCAGCCAUGAGUGACAGCGAUGAUGAUGUUCCUACUCUGUCAGCUCACACUCUGGCCGCCCUGCAGGAGUUUUACAGUGAGACCCAGGUAGCUGUGGAUCACGGCACAGCACCAACAGACCAGUUUGCUGUGGGAGCCGUGGAGGAGGACUGGCGGAUGAGCCAGUUCUGGUACAGCGACGAGACAGCAACACAGUUAGCUGAGGAAGCAGUGCGAGAAGCUGGAGAGGGAGGAAGGAUAGCAUGUGUGAGCGCGCCCAGUGUGUACCAGAAGCUGAAGCAGGGCUCGGUGGUCGGUUCUGAGCGGGUGUCUGCCGUAGUGUUGGAGUACGACCGCCGCUUCGCCACCUACGGAGAGGACUUCAUAUUCUACGACUACAACGAGCCGCUCUCUCUCCCAGCCAGCGCGGCUCCUCACAGCUUCGACAUCGUCCUCGCUGACCCGCCCUACCUGUCCGAAGAGUGUCUGAGCAAAGUGACCCAAACCAUCAAGUACCUGAGCAAAGGCAAAGUGCUGCUGUGCACAGGAGCCAUCAUGGAGAAUCUGGCCAAAGAGCUCCUGGAUGUAAAAAUGUGCGACUUUUUGCCAAAACACAACAGAAACUUGUCCAACGAGUUCCGCUGUUUUGUCAACUACCCGUCUCGCCUUCUGACCUGCUGAGGAGCCAAGUGUCCAUCACAUCGGUGCCUUGUUACCCUGCAGUGAGAUGCACAGCAUCAGCGUACUCAUGAGUACGAAAGAAAUGAUCCCGAUGUCUCGCUGUCAUCCUGACGUCUUGGCUUCGGUUUGAUGACUAUAAAUUUGUGUUACGGACUCGUUGUGUGAAGUUUUAAAGAUAUGGACUUUUUCCAGACCAAAGGCUGCAACAAGAAGAUGCUGUGAGGCAUUACGGCUCAUGUAUGAACUGGUGUUUUUAAUGCUUCACUCAUACAUGAGACUAGAAGUUGGUCUGUCUCUUGCAGGUCCCCCAAUUUAGCUAUUAAGUAAUAAAUAUUACAAUUUAGUCCUUCUCAGUGUUUUGAUACUGAUUUGCAGCAAAGCAAGGCUUUGACAGAGGCAGAGAACUGGUAGCUAUUUAACCUGAUUAACUCAUGAAUGACUUUGGUCAGGUCAGCUCAGUCAGGUGACAAAGUGAGUAAAAGGAAGGAAAGAGUUAAUGGGAAAAGAUCAGCCCACUCAGCAGUACAUCAGAGGAGGCAGAGAAGCAUCAGCUGUUUAGUGUUGACCAGGAAAAAGAGAAGCAGGAAGAACUAAUUUCUUUUUUUUCUUUUUUUUACAAGUUUUAUUUUCUCACAGCUUUCUAUCAUCACA